CUUUUCUCUACAAAAUUCCCCAAAUCAAAUCCUAAUUUCGUCGGCCCCUCGGUUUCUAGGGUUCUUUAAUUCAAUCCCCCAUUUCCCAAAUUGCACUCCCCUGAUUGAUCCCACCAUUUUCUUUUUUGUUGCUUUUGUUUUUUUCUUUUCUUUUUUUUUUUUUUUUAGUUUUUUAGGUUCGAAGCCGACAUUUUGAUCGUGGGGGAUUUUGUUUUUUUGGUUUUUUGUUUCUGGGUUUGAUCGUUUGUGUUGUUUUCUGGUCUUGGGAGGAUUGAAAUUUUGUGGGGUUCUUCAAUUAGGGGGGGCGGGGUUGGCGAUUGAUUGGAUUAAGCUUCGUUGAUGUCGUCGAUGGCGGCGGCGUCUUCCUACUGGUGCUACCGAUGCAGUCGCUUUGUUAGGGUUUUCAAUCAAGACUCUGUUGUGUGCCCCGAUUGUAAUAGUGGGUUUAUCGAACAGAUCGAGCAUCCUUCGAGGUUGGUGGACGUGGAAUCGGCUCCGCGGAGGAGGUUUCCGGCUGCGGCGAUGUAUAUGAUUGGCCACCGGUCGAAUUCGGGGCAGAAUUUGGGAUCUGGGAUUCGGAGACCUCGGAGGAAUGGUGGGGAUCGCUCGCCCUUUAAUCCUGUGAUUGUUCUUCGGGGGCCGUCUGAUGGGAGUGAAGGUGGAGAAAGUCGUCGGUUUGAGCUUUAUUACGAUGAUGGCGGUGGUUCUGGCCUGAGACCGCUGCCACCGAGCAUGUCGGAGUUUUUGUUGGGGUCUGGGUUUGAUAGGCUUCUGGAGCAACUUUCUCAGAUUGAAAUGAACGGUAUUGGGCGGUUUGAGAGCCCACCGGCGUCCAAGGCUGCAAUUGAGUCAAUGCCCACGAUUGAGAUCUGUGAAAAUCAUUUAGAAACUGAGUCACACUGUGCUGUUUGCAAAGAAGCAUUCGAAUUGGGGACGGAAGCACGGGAGAUGCCCUGUAAGCAUAUUUACCAUUAUGAUUGCAUUCUACCUUGGCUUUCGAUUCGAAACUCUUGUCCAGUAUGUCGUCACGAAUUGCCUUCGGAUAAUCAGAACUCUCCGGAUGCUGCAGAAAGUGGUGAAAAUGAGGGGUCGGUGGCCUCAAAUGGUGAAGAGAAUGUGGGCUUAACCGUUUGGAGGUUACCUGGCGGGGGGUUUGCAGUAGGGCGGUUUAAUGGGGGCAGGAGAGGUGGGGAGAGAGAACUCCCGGUUGUUUACACUGAGGUGGAUGGUGGUUUCACCAAUGGUGGCGUCCCUAGAAGGAUAUCAUUUGCUUCAAGAGGCAGAGGAAGGGAAAGAGGCGGAUGGAGCCGAAUUAUUCGCAAUAUGUUCGCUUGCUUUAGGGGAUCAAUGAGGUCUAUGUCGUCUACUUCAAAUUCCACCAUCGAUUCUGGUUCUUCAAGGAGUAGUAGACCACUCCCACAUUUCACUACCGAGCCAAGGCGACGGCGCACAUGGUCUAUGGAGGUUAACAGUGGGACAAUCAGCUGGUGAUUUGGGGAUGCGGUUGUUAGCAAGGCUAAUUAGGUGAAGAAGUUAUAUAUGGGACAGGCUUAUUAAUUGCUGUAAAUAGCAGAAUUUGAAUCCGAGCUUUAUAUUCAUAAAAAUAAGAAGGUUUCUCGAGCUAAGGCAAGAGGUUUCUUUUUCCCCUCUCUUUUUGGGCUAUUUGGAUAAGGGAUAUUGCAAGAAAUGUGGGAAAUAAAUGCAGCAGUCUCUUCCUUCGCAGAAAAAGAAAAAAAAG